AUGGAAAAUACACAUUUGGUUGAAGAAUCUUAAUAAAUCAACUAAUAAUAUUAAAACCCGUUAACAUCAGAAAAUAGAUUUCAAAGUUUACAAUCUUAAGAUGAAGAUGAUGAAAAUUAAUAAAUCAAUAAUUCUCAUUUUAAGAAUUUAAGCUCAUCAUCUAUCUAGAAUGUUCUUUCUUAAUAAAAUAAUGAAUUAGAAUAAGAGAACCAAGAUGAAGACUUUAAUUUCAUUAUUCAAGAAUAAAACUAAAAAAAUAACAUUGAAAAUUAGUAGAAUGAAUAAUAAAUUUAACAUUAAGAGAUUGAUUAAAAAGAAUAGAAAAUAAUUUAAUAUGAAACAAAGAUUGAUGUAAUUUAAGCUAUACAGAAUUAAGAACCGAAUAAGGAUUAAAUAGAAGAUAAAAAUUAUUCUCAAAUUAACAAUAAUUCAGAAGAUAAAGAUAUAAAAUAAGUAUCAGUUAAUAUCUUGAUUAAAUAAAUUCCAACAGAAACUUCAGAUAUAAAAUUUGAAUAACAAAGGGGAAAUGAAUUAGAAUAAAAUAUUUAAAAAAUUUAGAAAGGUUCUUAAUAAGGUGAAAAGCUUAAAUCAAUCAUUAAAUCUCCAAAAUCUGGAACUUCAAAUAUUUAAUCAGGAGAUCCUUCUAUAGAUAAAAGUAUUUUGCCAGAAUAAUUAUUAAAAUAAAAAAGGAAUGAGAAAUUAUAUAAUUAGAUAAUGGAGACUAAUUUAAAUGAAAUCUUUAUAUUUUAUACUAAAUAAUUCUAAACUCCAAUCAAAUUGCAUACAAAUACAAAGGAAUAAAUAUUUGAUAAAAAAUAGUGUUUAAAUUUACACUAAUUUAUGCAUUUUUGCAGAGAUUUUUAAUUAAUAGAUUUGUUGGUAACUAAUGAAUUUAUAGAAAAAUAUGCCGGUCCCAAAAGCUAAAAGCCUUUAUACAAAAUAAAAUAUAAAAAUAGAGUAAAAGAUUCAUUCAUUAUUACAAAAUAAAUUCUAGAGGAAAUAUUUAUAAAAUGCUCUGGAAUCUAAUAGUUAAGCUUUUCAGAAUUUUUAUACUCUUUAAUAAAAAUAGCAGAUACUGUUUUUCCAGUUUCUAAUUCUAUAAAUGCACUUUAUUUAUAUUUAGGUAUACAUGAUCCAGAAAUCUACAAUAAAAAGCUCACUAAAAUUUAAGAUAUGAAUCAAUCACGUAAGUAAGGUCAAGAAACUAUAAUUACUAAAUAGGAAGUUAAAAAAAUACUCCCUUCAAUAGUAAAUAAACCAAUAAUUGAAAGUCAAAGAAUUUAGGAUUCUUCUCAAAUUUCUAAAUUGAAUUAAAUUUAAGAUUUUCAAAAGCGAACUAAAGUCUAAUAAAAUAUUAAUUAGAGCUAUUCUAUUAGAUGGGAGGAUUUGGGAAGUAGUGAUAAUGAUUUUGACCCUAGAAGAUUACUGUUGGAUGAAGAUCUAACAGAUCAAGAUGAUGCAGUUUAUUUAAAAGAGUAUAUGAUAAGUGAAUAAGGAAUAAAGAAGAAAUAAGAAUUUAUAAAUUAAUAUUAAGAAGGAUAAAGGAUAAAGUAUUCCUAAUAUCCUUACUAAAAAUAUAGAACCAAAUAAGGUUAAACUGAACAUAUAUCUAUAAUACAAAAUCCAUUGAAUUAAUAGGGAAAAUUAAUUUUUUAAAAGGAUACAUUAUCUUUAUAGAAAAAAUAGGAAUUUUAUGAAGUUUCAUUGAUUAAUCCUGCUUUACCUACAAAUUAACCAUCUCAAAUAAUAUAAAAAGAAAAAAAUAAAUAAUUAAUUCAUCCUAACUCUUUUGAGUAAAGAAAAAAUUAUAAUGUUAUAAAAUAACUUCCAUCUCUUAAUAAAUCUUAUGCAAUUUAAAAUAUAAGUUCAUCAAUUGAGAGAGGACAAUAAAAUACAUCAUAAAUUGAUCAUGAAAGUAAAUAAAAUAUACUUAAAAUGGAUAUAAAUUAAAAAAAAAGGGAAUAGUAAAUUCUGGCAGGAAUGAUGAAAAAUUAAGAUCAUACUAUAAGAAAAGUAUAAAAGAAAUGA